GUCAACUACGACGUUCACGGUGCGGCUGCACUAGAGUACCUCACUGGACACAACGCGGGACGGCGUAUUUCUUGUUUGGCUAAAGUUGUGGCGGACUGUUGUUUUGGAUCUUCUUUUUUUUAUUAUUAUUAUUAUUAUUAUAUUUAUACACACUGCAAUGCCUCUGCUGUUUUUGGAGAGGUUGCCUUGGCCCAGCCUACAGACGUACACAGCACUGAGUGUGGCUUUGCUCGCUGGCAGCAUCUUCAGCGCCUACACUACUGUGACCGACCCAGGCUUUGGCGCCCUGGAAGCCGAUGAAACACCAGCUCCGUCUGAAGUGGAUAUCGACCAGCUAAACAAUGAUAUUAGUAACGCAGAGUUGGCGACCACCGUCCUGUGGUAUCUUGUCACGGACAGUCUCUUUGUCUGGGUCUUAGUCAACACAUUCUGCUGCUCCUUGAUGUUGAUCGCUAAAAUGAUUCAGUAUGUGGUGUUUGGCCCACUUAGAGUCAGCGAGAAGCAGCACCUGAAGGACAAGUUUUGGAACUUCAUCUUCUAUAAGUUCAUCUUCAUCUUUGGCGUAUUGAACGUACAGACAGUAGAGGAGGUUGUCAUGUGGUGUUUGUGGUUCUCUGCCCUGGUCUUUAUCCACCUCAUGGUGCAGCUCUGCAAAGACAGAUUUGAAUAUCUAUCGUUCUCGCCCUCCACUCCCAUGAACAGCCACGUGCGAGUGCUUUGUCUGCUGGUCUCUCUGCUGCUGGACUGCUGUGGCCUGGCUGUAGUGUGUGGUCUGCUGGGAGCUUCCCAUGGCUUACACACCCUCUCCUUUAUGGCAGCAGAGUGUCUGCUGGUUACUGUACGCACUGGGCAUGUCAUCAUGCGAUACUCCAUUCAUCUGUGGGAUCUGAACCAUCCAGGAACCUGGGAAAGCAAGGGAACAUAUGUCUAUUACACAGACUUCAUCAUGGAGCUGGCUAUGCUGUUUUUGGACCUCAUGCACCAUAUCCACAUGCUGCUCUUUGGUAACAUCUGGCUGUCCAUGGCAAGCUUAGUUAUUUUCAUGCAGCUGCGGUAUCUCUUCCAUGAGGUCCAGCGCCGCGUUCGCCGACACAAGAACUACCUCCGUGUCAUCAACAACAUGGAGGCCAGAUUUGCUGUUGCUACUGCAGAGGAGCUGGCAGCCAAUGAUGACGAUUGUGCCAUCUGCUGGGACACCAUGUUGACAGCACGCAAACUACCCUGUGGACAUCUCUUCCACAAUUCUUGUCUGCGCUCAUGGCUGGAGCAGGACACCUCGUGUCCAACAUGUCGGACAUCCUUGAACAUCAAUGGGGACGGAGGCCAGGCAAGAAGCCAGCCGCAGGGCGGGGGUUUGGAAGACAACAUCGGCCCAGUAGGAGCUGCAGCAGAUGCUAGACCACAUAUCAACCAGCACAAUCACUUCUUCCACUUUGAUGGAUCUCGCAUUGCCAGCUGGCUGCCCAGUUUCUCAGUGGAAGUAAUGCACACCACUAACAUCUUGGGCAUCGCUCAAGCAAACAACUCCCAGCUCAUGGCAAUGGCCCAUCAGAUCCAGGAGAUGUUCCCUCAGGUGCCCUCCUAUCUGGUGAUGCAGGACCUGCAGUUGACCCGCUCUGUGGAGGUCACCACUGACAACAUCCUGGAGGGUCGCAUCCAGGUGCCUUUCCCAACACAGGCCAUAGAGCGUGGCCCCUCGCAGGUGAGCUCUGCACAAGAUGAGCAGGAAGGGUCCAGCGGAGCAGCUGAGCAGGGCAUCAGUGAGUCAGACAACAUGGAGGCGAGAGGAGGUCGCUUUUCUAAGUCGGCUGAGGAGAGACAGAAGAUGUUAAAGCAGAGGAAAGAAGAGAUGCUUCAGCAGGCUCGCAGGAGAUAUUUGAACAAGAGUCCAGAAGACCAGGAGGAGGAUUUGCCUGGACUGGAAGAGGACAUUGCUCCAGAAUUAAACUUGACUGUGCUGAGACGUAGAACCAUGGCAGCAGCUGCAGAGAGACGCAUGCAAAAUCAACAAGACCCUGCACCCUGAUACAUAGAUCGACUUCAGAGUCUGCCACGUCGUCAUCACACAAGGCACCGACAGAGCUAUUUCAAUCCCCCCUUUCACAUUUGGUGUACAGUCCGUGGUCAUUGCCUAUCCGAAACAAUAAUUAAAAAUCAUCGCAAACAUGGCCUUUGGACUGUUUUGGGCUGCGUAAAUAAGGUGGGACUACUGUGAAUAGCUUCUGCCUCACUGAUUCCAGAGUAUUUGGAGCAUAUUAUAAAAUGAUGGAUGCAAGUCAAGAAAUGCAAGGUUGCAUUGCCCUUUAUUCACGUGCCACACACUGCAACCACCAGCUUAAGUGGGGAGUCAGUAUCUGCUGUGAUUUGGACUGACUUUCAAAAAAUGAGCAUGCUUUGCAUUCAGAAGAGUCUUUUAAGAGCGGGGCGCUUGAAGUUGUCAUUGCUAGAUACAGCUGUUUGGGUCCUUGUUUGUUUUUCCUUUUAUCAGACUUUUUUUUUCUUCUUUUGUGUUUUAAUGGCAGAAAGCUACAUGUUCUGGAUGAAGAAACUCAUCUGAUGUAUUUGUGUGUUUAUUCUUUUACGAGUUUCAACUGUGAAUUAUGUGUAGGCAAAAUAACACAUUCUUAUUUCUUACCUUUAGAGUAAGAGAAUGUCACUUUAGUAUUGGUCAGCCUUUCUGUCAAAUAUGAAUGUUUCUAUCAGAUUAAUGCUGCAAACAAAGUGUUUUUGACCCACACGGGUUCUGUAUUUAGUGUCUAACAUCACCCCAUCGCAAACCGUUUGCAUUUUGUUAUUUAACAAGGGGGUGGGGAGGGGGGUUCGGGCCUGUAAAUCUUUGUUUUCUAACACUGUGCCCUUGAGAUACAACAAAAGGGGGUGUAUUACAUUUUGUACAAGUACAAUGGGUGUCAUGCUCUUUCUUAAAUUCAAAUCAUGAGCAGUUCUCUGAUGGUGACAUCCAUAAUUUUGGAUUUUUUUUUAAGAGUAUGUAGAUGUUAAAGACUUGACAACAAAUCCAGUUGCCCUAGACUUGUCAGUAUUGUCUAACGUCACUCGACUCUAGAUACUCUUUUCACCUCGGAGAGUCUUUUAUUAAGACGUUUUUUAUGGGUGUUUUAUUUGUGCGGCCUUUGUCCACUCACAUUGAGGAGUGCUAGUUAAAAAAAAAAAAACAUACCAGCCAGGAGCAUAAUCAUCCUCUGCUCAAAUAUCUUAUUUCAAUAAUGUAUGGCAAUGUACAACAUAUACCGGGCACUUGUUUAUUGUCAAAUUUCACUAAAUCUGUAGCUGGUUGAGUCAUAUCAAUGGACACAAAGAUGGAGACUGUGUAUUAUACGUGUUUGAUUUCUUGUGAUUAUGGUGUAAGGGCAGUUUGGGGGUGAGAUAUGCAUGAAUCUAGGCAAUUGCUUUUGUUUCCUUCCACUUUAUCCCAAAGAGCAGCCCACAAACUUCCACUAAAAGCUGAAGUGUGAUCUUUA